UUUCAGAUUCUCCCUCAGCACUGAAUACAGUAACACAGAAUCAUCUUCACCACAGCAGAGAAGAGUUCACCUGAACUAAGCAGAGCAGCAUGGGAGCAUCGUCCAGUUUUCUGGAUGAAAACAAAUCCAACUACAUAAAAGAGCAAGUUGAUGAAAAAUUUAAGGAAUUCUCAACGAUAUAUAGGAAGCAAUAUUCUCUGGCUUACCUGUCCCAGAUCCGAGAUGAACUUGAGCAACGCAAAGAGAAGCACACGCAGCUUCUCAAACAACGGAACUCUCCGAAACCGGGAAAGGUGUUGUAUGAGGAGAAUGUAAAAUGCUUUAAUGUUAGCAGGAGGAAGUGGAAGGAUAGGCAUAUAGUAAUCCGUGCCAAUUUCGUCCUGGAGUGCUUCGAGAGCUACAAGAGGUUUUUAAAAGGCUCGCCUCCUUUAUACAGACUGAUGCCUACAGGAGGCACCAUACUGACUACAGAAGAGACAUACAUGGAAAUGAUUAACCAGUGCUGCCCUGACAUUAACAAUGUCCAGGAGGAAUUCGUACCCUCAGUGGCGGACAUGCCAGGGCAGUUCCCAGUUUAUCUUAGACUUCCAUACCGCCAGGAUUUCUACUUCUGUUUCCUAAAUGAGAACUCUCAAGAUGAUUUCAUCUCCAUCUUAUCUGACUGUGUUCGCCACCAGAACAAAGAUUUUCUCAAAAAGACGACGUGUGAGGUAAAGGCUUUCCUCAAAGCCUUUCAGCUCUAUAGGCAGGAGAAAGGCCAAUAUGAAUCAUGGGAUAUGCUCAUAGGCAGUGAUGUGCGGGGUCUUGCUAAUCUGUUCAUGGAGGACUUGAUGCCCUUUUUAGAGAACGAAUUGGAGCCAUGUUUGAAAAGCAAGAGAGCAGACAAUAGGAGAGUGUGGUUUGCGACGGUUGAAGCAACUUAUUUCCUGCUGCAAGAGCAUCUAUUUGAAAGGAUGAAAACGCUGAAGCAGGAGUGCCAAGAGAAGGUGAAACAACAGGACGUGCUCAUGCGCUCUGAUAUGGACCAGAUCACCAGCUCAAGAGCGUUCCUGGAGGGCAAACUCAGAGCCAUGGUAACUGAGCCAGCAACACAAUACUGCACAGAGCAGGUGCAGCCGUACCUGCCAGCCAUCUUGGAGGAAGUGAUGGGACCCAUAAGCCUGGGCUUCACAGAGGCCCGGGAUUUGAGCGAGGGCAUGAUGGAGCAGCUCUGUCAGGACUUCCAGGAUGUUGACCAAAGAGAGGAACUCCGACAGGCUCUGUUUAAGAUGAGCAGGGCUAAUUUACAGAGUUGCUAUGAUAAAGUAAAUGGACUGGCAGAUCACAUUCAAGAGCUACAGCAAACCUUCAACUACUGCAUUAAAGGUCUGGCGGACAGCACACAGAUAGACUUAAAACAGCUGAUGGAGAAUACAGAGUAUACCUUUGAGCUGCUUGUGCGAAAAGCUCUGGAGGACCCAUCAGUCAGUCUUUCAAUGGCUAUGGAAAAGGCUGCGAACAGGGUUCUGAAGCAAUUUGAUUAUGACAGUAGCACAGUGAGGAAGAGGAUCUUGCAGGAGGCACUGAUCAACAUCACACUACCUAACAUCAAAAAGCACCUGGCCCCGUCCUUCAAAGAGGAACUACCCAAAUUUGAGCAAUACAUAUUUGCUGAUUAUACAAACUUCAUUAAUGUGGAAAACGUGUAUGAGGACAUUAUACAGGAGAUACUGGAAAAAGACGUCAGUAUGGUGGUCAAAGAGGCAGCCAGCAAGAAGAAAUUCAACCUGUUCACCGAGAGCAGAUACAAUUUCAGCGUGUCCAGCUUAUCCUUCACACCCCCAGGAUCUGCACCCAGCAGCCCAGGAUACUUAAAUACUUCCCCAAAACAGCGCACACCCAUGCCGCCCUCCCCACUGCUGGGCAAUGGCCUGACAACAAACCAAACUGUGACUGUUCACUCAUCAGAAAGCCGUGCAUUGAACCAAGCUCUGCCUAUCAUGGGAAAAAUCGAUGAAGGAGAAAACACAGCACUCAUAGAGGAAAACAGUAAUGAUGUAUUCGUCACUGAGACUAAGACUAAUCCAGAACUCGCCUCAAAGGCCAUGGAUGCUUUGGUCAGUUCCACUCCCAUUAUUACGGUAACAGAAGCUGUAGAAAAUGCUGGUAAUAAUAAUUCAACAACAGGAGGUGAUGCAUCUUCUUCAGACUUUGGUAAUAAACCCAUAGUAGUAAUCAACCCGAUCUGUAUGAAAACUUCUGGCUUUGAUGGUGAGCCUACUGCAACCGAGAAGAACAGCAAGGAAACCCUAAAGACAGAAGAUUCAUCUACUGAUCCAGCCAAGAUUAAAGCACUAAUACAUGAAGAAAGCACAUAUCCGAUUGCGGUUUGUUUAUCUAUUGAAGAUGCAGAGGAUGGCGAUAUCUACAAAGAGUUCACAGGCAAAGAAAUCAUGGAUCUUUCAGAAAAAGCUUUAGAAUCCCAGUCUUCACCAGUCCUAGUGGAUGAGCCCAGGCCCCUGGACUGUGUGAAGGAGAUCCGGGACCUGGUAGUGGAGGUUAUUGAAAUAGAGCACAUGGUUCAACCUUCCAAAGACAAUGGAGAAAUGGUUUAAGUUUUAAUCAAAUUUCAGGUCAGGACAUAAAACUUGUUCAGUCCAUUUUUUGUAAUAUGAGACAAAUUGUAAAUUUUGAAGUUGGUUUCAUAAUUUUGCAGAAGGUAAUUAUAGUUUAGAAUAGAUGUAUAUGUAUAUAUACACACCACUAUUCAAAUGUUUGGGGUAAGAUUUUCUUUCUUUUGUUUUUUUUUAAUUACAGAAAUUAAUACUUUUAUAUCGAUGGAAUUGCUUAUAAUGUAAUAA